AACGCACUUCACAGGGCUUUAUGCUAUGGUCGAUUAAUUGUAGGUGAUAUAUUAUUUUAUUUUGUUCCGUGAACGUAUAUUCGUAAUAUUAUAACUAAAUAUGAAUAUAGAAUGGUGAUAUCCGAACUGAAGUUAACGUGAAGAGACCUUUAGUGUUAACUUACUGAAUUAUGGCUUGUGAUUUGAACUGUGUAAGGACAAAGUUAUGUUAAUUCUCUCCCCAUGUCACCGGGUUCCACCUAUGUACCUGGCACUGGCACUUGAAGAUUUGAAGUGUCGGUAUAAGAUGGUGAAGUGAGCGAGGCGAGAUGUUACGGUGUGUGGUGUUGCUGCUGCUAGGCGCCUCGCUCGUGGAUGCUCUUGACAUAUCGCAAUGCAUCGCCCCGCUCGGCAUGGAAAGUGGUCUGAUCCCAGACAAGGACCUAAGUGCCAGCUCUUCGUUCAACGACGGAAACGUGGGACCACAGAAUGGACGAUUGAAUCAAGAGCUAAAAGGGGGUGCUUGGUGUCCUAAGCCUCAAAUCACUACGGAAUCGUCAGAAUGGCUUGAGAUCGACCUCCAUAAUAUCCACGUCAUCACCGCCACAGGCAGUCAAGGGCGCUUUGGUAACGGACAGGGCCAGGAGUACGCGGAGGCUUACGUCCUCGAGUACUGGCGGCCAAAGCUAGCCAAGUGGGUGCGCUACAGGUCAGCCGACGGUCAAGAGAUACUCCCUGGCAACACUAACACGUAUUUAGAGAAGAAAAACCACCUGGAGCCUCCAAUAUGGGCCUCCAAGAUCCGAUUCAUCCCGCAUAGUUCACACCUGCGCACUGUCUGCAUGAGGGUCGAACUGUACGGGUGCUAUUGGAGUGUCGGCGUCGUCUCAUAUUCAAUGCCUAAAGGCGACAAGAGGAGCAACGGUAUGGAGUUGACAGAUAUGAUAUACGAUGGUCAAUGGGGGGAUGACUUAAGGGGCGGGAUGGGGCAACUUGUGGAUGGUCAGUUCGGGGGCGACGAGAUCCGGGAAGCCGCCAAGAACUCCGCCUGGGUCGGAUGGAGGAAUGAUUCGAGGCCAACACCCCCAGUCAUCACAUUCGAAUUCGACAAAGUGCGGGAGUUCAGCGCUGUUCACAUUUUUUGUAAUAACAAGUUCAUGAGAGAUGUACAGGUAUUUUCCGAAGCGAUAAUAUCGUUCUCGAUCGGCGGCCGCCAUUUUCAAAACGAACCCAUCCGAUACACUUACGUGCAGGACAGCAUUUUUGAGAACUCCCGUAAUGUGAGCAUAAAAUUACACCACAGAAUUGGAAAAUGGGUCCGAAUAGAACUGCAUUUCUCAGCCAGGUGGAUACUUAUUAGUGAGAUCGUCUUUGAUUCCGAUGUUGCUCAAGGAAAUUAUACGCCAGAAAGUUUAAAACCACAGGGUGGGAAGGACAAAGCCAAGAUACCCGCUACCAAGGAAGUACCAAUAUCCACCGCCCACCAAGAGGACCCCUUGUACAUGGCUAUAGUGGUUGGAGUUCUGACCGCCUUAGUAAUACUGUUAGCUGUCGCUGUGUUCCUGAUAGUUCAUAGACACAGACACAGAAAAUGCUUCGCAUCCCCAUUGGCCAAGACUACAGUAUCCCAAAAGCGUACCUGCGAAAAUUACAGUGGAUGCGGCACUUCAAUGUUACCAGAUAAUAAAAUGAUCAUAGAUUGCGGUUUAGAUGUUAAGUCGGAUGAAUAUCAAGAGCCGUAUCAAGCUCUUAAAUGCGCCCCGUAUUUCAGUUACAGCACUGUUCUGCUCGAGAUGAAAGACUUUGUAAAGGAUUCCAACACUGCGCUCUCAGCAGAUAGUUCAAACUACGACUACGCAGUGCCGGAACUGAGCUCGGCGCCACUGUUAACGAAACGGCGUCUCACGGAUAGUUUGUCGGAUAGAGCAACGGAACUUAUGAGUGAACACAUGGACAAGAUGGCAGAACUCGAGGCGCGGCGGUCAGCAGCCGGCUCAAUAAGAUCCAAGCACAGUACUAGGUCGCCCAGUCAGCAGGAGGUAUUGAUAGACCUACAACGCCGUUUGGAAACUACCAACGUCAUCGAAUUUCCACGUCACCGACUUCGAAUGAUCUCCAAAUUGGCUGAAGGUGCUUUUGGCACUGUUUACGUGGCCGAAGCGGACGGUGUACCAGAGUAUAGCGGUACCAUCACAUCUGAGAAGCGCCUGGUGGCCGUGAAAUUCUUGUGUCACGAUGCCACCGUUAAGGAGAGGUAUAUCAUGGAGGAAUUUGAACGGGAUGUCCGCAUACUAGCAGCGUUGUCUUCUCCACACCUGGCUAGGGUGUUGGGUGCGUGUAGGUCACCACCAUUGGCGGUGGUGCUGGAAUAUCUGGAAUUAGGGGAUCUAUGCGCAUUCCUUCGUGCCGCUGCACCCCAAUCGACCCCCACUUUGUUACACAUAGCCACGCAGAUCGCAGGAGGGAUGCAAUAUCUCGAGUCGCUCAAUUUUGUACACAGAGAUUUAGCUGCCAGAAACUGUCUCGUCGGCAAAAACUAUCAAGUGAAGAUCAGUGAUUUUGGUACGGAUAACGAAACAUACGCGUGUGAUUACUACAAAGUGGACGGGCGUAUUCCGCUGCCGCUGCGGUGGGCCGCCUGGGAAUCAGUGCUGAGGGGGAAGUACACCACCAAGAGUGAUGUUUGGGCAUUCGCUGUCACCUUACACGAGAUAUUCACUAUGUGCCGGCGACGUCCCUACGAGCAUAUGACUGAAAAUGAGGUGCUAGAGAACCUGUCUCACCUGCAAGCCAAUGACGGUAUAUUCGAGUGUAUAGAACGCGCGGCGGGCUGCCCGCGAGAUCUCUACGAGCUGAUGUGUGAAUGUUGGCGGCGCGACGAACUUGAAAGGCCUACGUUCGCUGAAAUCAACCUUUUCCUGCAAAGGAAGAGUCUUAAUUAUGCGACCACGUGAUCCUGGCAUACGCCUUGCUCGAACAUGUUCUCGAGCUACUAACCAACGGCUCGGAGCAAAAGUUGAGGGUGCGUCUGCACGCGGGAUGUAUCUGAGUGUGAACAGGUCACUAGGUUUUAAGGAAUAUGGUAGUUUUGUAUAAAAUCCAGAUGUAUAUACGUAUAUAUAUACUCUGUGAUUUAUCAUUGAUGCGUAAUCUUAUGGUGGAAAGUAUCCUACAAUUUAAGAGCGUUUUUUAAUCAUAUCAUAUAUUUUAAUUGCAUAGUUACAGCUUAGAUAUUCGAAGUUUAAAAAUGCCUCACUAACAGAACUUAAUUAUAAUAAAAAUAUAUUUGUAAUUUUCAAAACUUCAUUUUUUUUAUUGUGUAUGUUUACUACAGUCACAAAUUAGCAACAUGUAAUUUAUUUAUACAUUUUUAGAAAUUACUGAUAUUCAAUAUUUAUGGAUCAUUAUAGGAAGUGGUAUGGUGUUUUAUCAAUGAGCUAUGAAUAUUUUAUGGGAAUGGAUGACUAUUUCUUUUAAUUAUAUAUAAAUGUUGAAUUUCGCUUGUUUCUAAAAGU